AGGGGGCGGGGCUUCCGGAACUCUUCCUGUCUGCACCUGCGCCGUAGCUCCGUGACCCCGGAAAUGGCGGCUCUGCCCUAAGCUGUCACACCUUAAGACCGGCAACCGGCGCCGGGAGCAUCAGCGGGAGCGGGAGGCAAUCUCGGCCACUUCAGGGGGAGGAGGGGACCCCAGCAAGAUGCCUACAUUGCCCUUGAAUGAACUACAGAUCACGGAAAAGGAUCCCAAGACGGGCAAGCUGAGGGCAGUGCCAGCUCUGCACCCAGACCAGAAGGCCGACCGCUGCUUUGUGCUGUACAAACCCCCGCCUGCAGACAACUCCCCCGCGCAGGUGGACGAGUACCUGGAACGGGCCGCCUUCAUCGCCGACGACCUUGACUGGCUGCUGGCCCUGCCCCACAACAAGUUCUGGUGCCAGGUGAUCUUCGAUGAGAGCCUGCAGAAAUGCCUGGACUCCUACCUGCGCUACACACCCCGCAAGUUUGACGAGCUGGCCGGGCCCCCCUCGGCAGUCGGCGAGAUGCAACAGCGCCUCCAUCGCAGCGUCUUCCUCACCUUCCUCCGCAUGUCCACACAUAAAGAAUCCAAAGAUCACUUCAUUUCCCCGUGUGCUUUUGGAGAAAUCCUCUAUAAUAACUUCCUCUUUGACAUCCCAAAGAUGCUGGACUUGUGUGUGCUCUUCGGAAAGGGCAACCAGCCCCUGCUGCAGAAGAUGAUUGAAAACAUCUUUAUUCAGCAGCCGAGUUACUACAGUGACCUGGACGAAACUGUGCCCACUAUCCUUCAGGUUUUCAGCAAUAUCCUCCAGCAAUGUGGCCUGCAGAGUGAAGGAGCCUCCAGCGAGCCCCAGAAACUGGAAGAGAAAGUCAGGAUGACCCCCGGCGCCAUGCCUCUCCAGGAAUUGAGGGACGUGGUCCUCUACUUGUGUGAUACCGCUACCACCCUGUGGGCCUUUUUGGAUGUCUUCCCAUUGGCUUGCCAGACCUUCCAAAAGCAUGACUUCUGUUCCAGAUUGGCUUCCUUUUAUGAGGCGUCGAUUCCUGAGCUGGAAGCUGCGAUCAAGAAGAGGAGGCGGGAGGAUAGCAAGUUGCUGGCUGACCUGUGGCAGAGACUGUCCCAUUCCCGGAAGAAGCUGGUGGAAGUUUUCCAUAUCCUCAUUUACCAGAUCUGCCUGCUCCCCAUCUUGGAAAGCAGCUGCGACAACAUCCAGCCCUUUAUUGAGGACUUUCUUCAGCUCUUCAGCUCGGUGCUGCAGGAGAAGAGGUUUCUCCGAGAUUACGACGAGCUCUUCCCGGUGGCAGAAGACGUGAGUUUGCUGCAGCAGGCGUCUUCGGCCUUGGACGAGACCCGGACCGCCUACAUCCUGCAGGCCGUGGAAGGCGCUUGGGAAGGGGUGGACAGAAGGAAAGCUGCCGUGGUCAAGGACUCGCCACCGUCCAAGGCUCCCGAGCAGCCCGCAGGCCCAGAGCCAGGCUCCGUAGCAGCCCCGACACACCUGAAGAUGGAGGAGGAGGAGGAGUGUGCUGGCGCUGCAGCCGCGACGCCCGCCCCCCGCAUCUCUGGGGUGGAGCUGGACUCCCUGAUCUCGCAGGUGAAGGACCUGCUGCCGGACCUGGGCGAGGGCUUCAUCCUGGCCUGCCUGGAGCACUACGACUACAGCGCCGAGCAGGUGAUCAACAACAUCCUGGAGGAGGGGCUGGCCCCGGCCCUGAGCUCCCUGGAUCGCUCCUUGAACAGGCAGAUGCAGCCAAGCCCGACCCCGCUGGUCAGUUCCCGCCACAACGUUUUCCAGAACGACGAGUUUGACGUGUUCAGCAGAGACACCGUGGACCUGUCGCGUGUGCAGAAAGGCAGGAGGAAGGGGGAGGACACGCGCAGCCUGCUGAACGACAAGCGCGCGGUCCAGGAGCAGCGGCAGCGCUACAGCCAGUACAGCGUGGUGGUGGACGAGGUGACCGUGGCCGCGGGGGGGCCCGAGGCCCUGCUCGGCCGGGACGACUACGAGGACGAGUACGACGACACCUACGACGGCAACCAGGUGGGCGCCAACGACGCGGACUCGGACGACGAGCUCAUCACGCGCAGGCCGUUCACCACCCCCCAGGUGCUGAGAACCAAAGUGCCUCAUGAGGGGCUAGAGGAGGAGGAGGAGGAGGAAGAGGAAGAGGCUGAAGAAGAAGGCCCCAAGCCGGACCAUUUUGUCCAGGACCCCGCAGUGCUGAGGGAGCGCGCCGAGGCCCAGCGCAUGGCCUACCUCGCCCGGAAAGGGUACAGGUACGAUGGCUCCUCGGCAGUCACCGGCAACCCGCGGGGGCACGGGCAGAGCCGGGAGACCACCCAGGAGCGCCGGAGGAAGGAAGCCAACAAGGGGGCGAGGGCCAAUCACAACCGGCGGCUCAUGGCGGACAGGAAGAGGACCAAGGGCAUGAUCCCAUCCUGAGAGCGGCCCUCCUCCUCCCCCUCCCCUCCCCUCUAGCCAAAGCAUAGGACCCAGGGCCAUUUGGGAUCCCGACCCUCCUGCGGGCCUCCCCACCAACUGUCCCUCGAACCCGAGGCCAGAGAGCUCGUUGUCUUCCCCUCCGUGACGUGGCAGCCGCGCGGCCCCGGAGGAGGGCGUGCGCCCCUAGGUGAGCCCGGGCCGGCGGCCGACGCCACGACUCUUCCCUCUGACCACCGAGUGCCUUAUCCCCAGUGACCCGACUCCAGGCUGGCGAGCCGGGCCCCCUCCUCACGCAGGCGCGGCUGGGCCUCCUCUCCCAGCGUGGCGAGCGUUCUGUACAUGAGCCCACAAAUAAACUCCGAAGCCAUUGGGCAGCGUCCAGCAGGGCCAGCGGCCCCGGCCGUCCCGCCCUCCAGCUCCGGGCCCGCCGGCGGCCAGUGCCAGGAAACCUUCCCGCCCGUCCCUCGGGUCCGUGCCGUGGGCGGCAGUGAGCUCAAGCCUUUCCUGUCUCCUGUGUUUGAUCCUCAGUCGUCCUGGUGAUCCUGUGUCCAUUUUACAGAGGAGCAGAUUGAGGCCCACAGAGGGAGGAGACGGCCUCUGAGUUAGUCUCAGGGCUGGAGUGGAACCCCGCCCCCUCCAUCUUCAGGUCAGGGCUCUUGGCAUUCACCCCCCUCGGAAAGCAGACGGGAGGGAAUCGGAGUAAGCCCCCCCCCCCCCCCCCCCCCCCAUGAUUGGGAGCAAAGCCGCAGGGCAGGGGCGGCCCCUCCAGGCCGGCCCUCCCCCAGCCAGUCUGUCCGCGGGAGCUGACGCAGGGCCGGGGCACAAAUCACCGCCCGCUCCCGCCUUCCGCGCCGGCCCCAGCCGGUGGUAAAUCACCCGGUCGGGGUUUGCGGCCGCAGUCCCCGCGAGGCUGAGGGUCUCUGGGAGCUGAUUCCGGCUGCGGCCACUGACUGAACUCCAUUAGUGCCGCUCUGCCGGCCCGGGCCGGCCCGGCUCUGACAAAUCACCCCGGGCGGACGAAGACGAUUUAUCUCCCCCGAUCGGGGGGAGCCCAUUAACUGGAGAGGCCGGCGGGCCCUGACGGAUGGCUCGUGUCGGCCGAGCCGCACGAGUGGAAAUCAAUGGCCGUUCCUCUCCGCAUCGUCCUGUGUUCUCCCCGCGCCGCUCAGGGUGCGGGAGAUGUGCCGGGGUUCCCCACCGCCUCGCGGGCGGCCCCCCGUUUGUCCCGGAGGGGCCCCUUCCCCUCCAGCCUCUCGGCGUGGAACUGUGAGCCACAUCUCACCAACUGAGGCCCCUUGGCAGAGGGUGAUCGGGGGGGGUUCGGGGGUCCGGGGGGGCGGUGAACAGAUGGAUCCAUCAGCAACAUCGCGGCUUCCACCCCUGGUCUCGUCCCUCCCCCAGUCCUGCCCCCCCCCCCCACCUGCACUCAUUCACCAAGCUCCUAUUUCUGUACCACUGUGCUAGGCACCGCGGGGGGACACAUUGCGGGGGGUCCCCGAGCCCGUGGCUUGUGCCCUCGAGUUUACAGCUUAGCCGGGGGAGCGGGCGGAGUGGAGGUCAGUCGCCCCUGCUCCGGAGCUCGCUCGCUCACUCACUCUCAAGGGGGCAUCGUCGGCCCCUCACAGCCCGAGACCUCUAAGCCCCUCGGGCCGGCCGUGGCGGCCCAGGCCCAGUGGUGAGUGCAGACAGUUUAGAGGCGAAAGGGGGCGAGAGGCGGUCGUGGCGGUCAGUGCGAGGAGGAGGAGGGGGGAUCCCGGCUAGCCUCUUCCAUCCCAUCCCUGUCCUCUCCCCCGGGACUCUCCAGUCCGACUCACCGGCGGCUGCCUCCUAAACACUUGUGCCUUUGCUCACAACUGUCCUGAUGCUGGAAAUGUCUUCCCUCUCUGCCCGUCGACUUCGGACCCGCCCUUCCAAGCCCACUUCUAACAUGCCAACUCCGCCAGGAAGCCCAUCCUGAUUUCCCCCUCGCCCCCUCACGGAGCACUUUGUAACUCUCUGAUGCACUUGCGGAGCCCUCCCCUCUCACGGUUUCUAACCCUCCGUUAGACUGUAAGCUCCACGAGGGCAGGGACUCUGUCUGUGUCUUCCCUAACCUGUAGCUCCCCGAGCACCCAGCCAGGCCCACCCUGCACGAGGUUAAGGGCUUAAUAAACAUUUGGUGGAUGAACUGA